AUCUCAUACUCCACUAAGCGUAAGAGAUUUAAUCUCACCUCUUCGUGCACAAAUUUCAUCAAUUUCUCCUAAUUAACAGGCAGAAACAUGGGCGUCACCACCAUUACCGAGGAGAUCACCACCUUCAUCCCUCCAUCCAGGAUGUUCAAGGCUUUGAUCAUUGACUCCCACAUCCUCGUCCCCAAGCUCAUGCCUCAGGCCUUCAAGAGCAUUGAGUUUGUCCAGGGUGAUGGAGGUGUUUGGCACCAUCAAGCAAACCAACUUUGCUGAAGGUACACAAAAUUUCAUGUGAAUAAAAUUUGUUAACUUUU